UGUUCAUCGAAGCUUCACUCGCCAGGUGCCGCGGACGCCGCAAUCGCGAAGGGGCAGACUGGAAAGCGCCGGUUGCAACAGUAGCUUACAAAAGGCGGACUCCUCCAUUAUCCUAGCGCCAGUAGUCGCCGUCGCCCGUCGGUGAGGAGGCGUCCGCAUCCGCAUUUGCUCGCCUGCGCCGGAAUUCUCGAGUUGUCUCGGGCCAGGUAUCCGCCUGCUGCUGCUCCUCUCCACUCUAUAUCGACCGAGCUUGUGUUGAAUCCAAUCAAUUCAAUUGAUGCUUGGGAGGAGGGCUUGAGGUCAGUUUCUUCAGUUGGCUCUUCUCUUUCCCUAUUCAAUUCUUUCUUCGCCAAGGUUACUCCAAUUAACCUUGCACAUACGCAUCGGCCUUAGCACGUAUGCUCAAGUCUCGAUUGCUGAUUAGCAUGGUUUUGCCGUCACUGUUAAUUUGCUUAUUGUCAUCAGCUGUGGAGUUUGACAGUAAGUAAUAUGUGAGUUGACUUUUUUUUCUCUAGUGAGGUAAUUCCAUUUUUCGCCCCAAGUUUUGUAUUUGAGGCAUGUUGAGAAAUUCCACGACGUUUUACGUUACAUCAGAUUAAUUUAGACUGUUUAUUUCCUUAGUUCAACGGCCCAUAUGAGCCAAUACUACACUAGAUUUUCGGUAAUAUAUUAAGUAAUUAAGGGCGUUUUGGGUAGUCCACAUGUAUCCAUCCCACAGGCACCUUCCCCUGAAAUCGAAAUCUCACGCGGUAAUUAUCCAUCCCACACUCGUUCAUUUGCCAUCGCCAUUGCCAGCCCGCACCGUUGCCAUCGCUCGUCGCGUCCUAGCUAGCCGUCGGCAGCGGCGAGUUAUCAUGCCUUUCGUGUUACCCUCGAACCUACAUGAUUUAGAGUGGGUCACCUGACGAAGACGACGAAGGCGCCCCGGCCGCAUGCCCUCUUCAUCGCCUCGCCUUGCUGGCCGUCAUCGUCCGCGGCUAGAUUGCCCGGUUUUUGGUUUUCUGGUCGAGCCUCCGGGAUCUGGAACUGGUCGCUGACAUAGAGAUGACAGACUUUGCUUGGACUGCAUGGCCCCGGCCUUGUCCAGCCCGUUCCAUGAAUAAUCAUGCAGACAUACAUCUUUCGGAUGCAGAGGCCAGGUAACCCUUCUUUUCAAAAAAGAAAUGAAUGACCAUGCAGACACUAGAAAGACACUAGAAUACGAGGCCAUACCAUGGUAAGUAUUCAACUCCAUCGAACUCUCUUAUUGACAUCACGCCAUGUCCAUUCUUUUCCAAAAAAGAAGCUAGCUAAUUAAGUAAAUUCCUGCCGCCGCCGGCGACAUGCAAGCAGCGUAGGCUCUGACUUUUGGCAGCGUUGGGAUGACAAUGCGCUGGGAGGAGUGCAAGCGGUGUUGGGAUGGAGGACUUUCUAAGGGUGCCAGCCUACACGCAGCGUCUGGAUAUCCGAGAACAUGGGGGCGGCGACCUGCAGGAUGAUUAUUUUGCCAGCGAUGGAUGGCCGGCAUUGGGGACGGAGGGCUGCAGCGGCGCUCGGCUGCAAUCAGUCUAAUUAAUUAGACGAAACAUAAUUACCAAUAUGUCCUUAAGCCAUAAUUUGACGGUCUCAUGCUGACCAUUAGAUUAACUAAAUACUACCAUUAUGUUGAGUAGUACUCCCUUCGUAAACUAAUAUAAAAGUGUUUAGAAUACUAAAAUAGUGAUUUAAACGCUCUUAUAUUAGUUUACAGAGGGAGUAGUAUAUGGUGUACCGUAAAAUUUCCCACUACGAAACUGCUGCCAGUUUUUACCCCUUCUCGGAUCACUCGCUGCUUAUGUGGCGCGCAACGUACUAGAUGACAGUGCAGUUUGAGGUGGUUGUUUUGUCCGCCGUAGCGUUAAAGCACCGUUGGUUUGAGAAAGGUUCCCUUGCCGUACAAUCGUACAUCUUUCUUCUAUCAGUGUAUCGAGACACAAGCUUUGCUUUCUCAAAAACAAAAAAAAAUUAGAUGGCAGGAAAAUAGGCACUUCCAUUUAGGAGGCAGCAAUCUUUUGAAUGGCCCUAAGCACUUGUUUGUUGUUUCGAUGCUUGUUUAUGAUGUCAGAUUCUUAGCAAUUGACACUGAUACCAGGUUGCUGCUAGUUCUCUUGUACAGACAUGGCCAGGUCCGGAGGGUUCACGUAUGCAGCAAUCCUCCUGCUUGUUCUGAACAUUUUCCAGGUGGAUGUUGUAAGGGGACAAAGCACUCACCCUAUUGAAGGGAGUUGUUCAAGAUGAACCUCUCUGGAACUUUGGCACCAGAGGUUGGUCUUCUGUCUCAGCUGAGAAAAUUGAAUUUUAUGUGGAACAAUUUGACUGGUAACAUCCCGAAAGAGAUAGGCAAUAUCACAACACUAAAUCUUAUGGCUUUGAAUGGUAAUCAACUAUCUGGUUCCCUACCAGAUGAGAUUGGCUAUCUCAAGAAGUUAAACAGAUUACAAGUCGACCAAAAUCAAAUAUCUGGACCCAUACCAACGUCGUUUGCUAAUUUAGAAAGCAUGAAGCAUCUUCACAUGAACAACAAUUCAUUAAGUGGGCAAAUUCCAUCUGAGUUGUCCAGAUUGUCUAAGCUCCUUCAUCUGCUUGUGGAUACCAAUAAUUUAUCUGGACCUCUUCCUCGAAACUUAGCAGGGAUGCUUAGUUUGAAAAUAUUUCAGGCUGAUAAUAAUAACUUCAGUGGAAGUUCCAUACCCGCUGCAUACAAUAACAUACGGACACUUUUAAAGCUGAGUCUCAGGAAUUGCAGUUUGCAAGGAGUUAUUCCUGAUCUAAGUGGCAUACCUGAACUUGGCUAUUUAGAUCUUAGCUGGAACCAACUGAGAGGAUCUAUAGCAGUUGAUAGACUCGCUUCAAAUAUCACCACGAUUAUUUUAUCGCAUAACUUUCUUAAUGGAACUAUUCCGGCAAACUUCUCUGGGCUGCCUAAUCUUCAGUUAUUGAACUUUGAAAGCAACUCCCUUGACACAAUUCCAGCUGCAUUUGAGCCUCCAAAAGCUGUCAUUGUACUGAUUUCUGGAAACCCCGUAUGUGACAAUCCAGCUCGAGCAAAGGGACUUUGUCAACCCAAAUCUGUAAAUGAAGCACCGUCUGGACAGGGACCACAAGUUAAUAUAGAUUGUGCUUCUUGCCCGACGGAUAAAAAUUAUGAAUACAAUCCAUUAUCCCCUAUACCUUGCAUUUGUCUUGUGCCUCUCGAAGUUGGAUUUCGGCUGAAGAGUCCGGGGAUCUCAGACUUCCACUCCUACAAAAAAGCCUUUGAGAUGGACUCAACCUCUCUAUUGGACCUGAGUCUUUACCAGCUAUAUAUUGAGCGGUACACAUGGGAGGCUGGUCCAAGGCUGAAUUUGCAUUUGAAGUUAUUCCCAAAUAACACUAAUUUAUUCACUAUGUCGGAAGUUAUGCGGCUCAGGCAAUUACUUGCUGGAUGGGAAAUUACUCUAUCAGACAUUUUUGGUCCAUAUGAUCUUCUCAAUUUCACGCUUGGUUCCUAUGCAGAUGAAUUUCCAACACUGGUAUCAUCAGGUUUAAAAAAGGGUGCACUAGCUGGGAUUUUGGCAGGAACAAUUAUUGCUGCUAUUGCAGUUUCUGUGGUUUCCACAUUUUUUAUAAUGAGAAGACGCUCAAAACAUCGAACAGUUUCGAGGCCAUCAUUACUAUUGAGGUUUUCUGUCAAGGUUGAUGUUGUGAGAUCCUUCACGUUUGAAGAAAUGGCUACAGCAACAAAUAAUUUCGAUGAUUCAGCUGAAAUUGGUGAGGGAGGUUAUGGAAAAGUCUGUAAAGGAAAUCUAGCUGAUGGAGCAACCGUUGCAAUCAAACGAGCACAUGAACAUUCUCUGCAAGGUUCAAAUGAAUUUUGCACAGAAAUAGAAUUGCUGUCAAGAUUGCAUCAUCGUAAUUUGGUAUCUCUGAUUGGAUAUUGUGAUGAAGAAGUCGAACAGAUGCUGGUGUAUGAAUUCAUGCCAAAUGGCACUCUACGUGAUCAUCUUUCUGCAACUUGUAAAAGACCUCUUAACUUUGUUCAGCGGUUGCAUAUUGCGUUGGGCGCUGCAAAGGGAAUCCUCUAUCUACACACCGAGGCAGAUCCUCCUAUAUUUCACCGUGAUGUUAAGACCACCAACAUUCUACUGGACUCCAAGUUCGUAGCGAAAGUGGCCGACUUUGGUCUUUCAAAGCUUGCUCCGAUCCCGGAUGUUGAAGGAACAUUGCCAGAACAUAUCUCCACUGUUGUUAAGGGCACUCCAGGCUAUCUUGAUCCAGAAUACUUCCUAACUAAUAAAUUGACAGAAAAAAGCGAUGUUUAUAGCUUUGGUGUUGUGCUGCUUGAACUAUUGACCGGGAUGAAGCCAAUCCAGUUCGGUAAAAACAUCGUUAGAGAGGUAAAGGCGGCUUACCAAUCAGGAGACGUUUCCGGAAUCAUCGACAGCCGAAUGUCGUGGUGCCCUCGAGAAUUCGCCACGAAGUUCCUCUCACUGGCCCUGAAGUGCUGCCAGGACGAGAGCGACGCGAGGCCUUACAUGGCCAACAUCGUCAGGGAACUCGACGACAUCCGUAGCGCUCUGCCUGAAGGAGAAGAUCUCCUGUCUGUGACCUCCAUGGAGACGGGCUCCUUGGCCACCCUAACUCAAUCUACAUCGAACUCCUUCAUAACGACCACCGGAGAGCAUUUCGACUCGUCCCAUGCCUCCGGCAGCGGGCUUAUGGACAACAGCGUCCCUUCCAGGAUGUCGGUGACUCCUCGUUAGUGCUGUCGCGCUCUUUGCAUUGUAAAUGGGUGUGGAGGACAGUUCCUGCCGGGCGAUUUCUUCUUAUGUACAUGUUGAAAUGGGUGUGUUGUUGUUGAUGAUGUGUGUGUGUGUUUGAUGAUCAGGGGUUUGACUAUCAUGGGAGGUGUAUUUGGCAGACACUGUUGGCGAGUGCAAAAUGAUGAAUGCUAACUGGGGUAAUUCUUUUCAGCUAA